AUGUUCAAGGGGCUGAGCAAAGGCUCCCAGGGCAAGGGGUCCCCCAAAGGCUCCCCAGCCAAGGGGUCUCCCAAAGGCUCCCCCACCAAGCACAGCCGGGCUGCCACACAGGAGCUGGCCCUGCUCAUCUCCCGCAUGCAAGCCAACGCUGACCAAGUGGAGAGGGACAUCCUGCAGACUCAGAAGAAACUGCAGCAGGACCGGCAGAACAGUGAGAGCAGCCAGCCUCUGCAGCACCAGCAGGAGACCGGCCGCAACCUGAAGGAGGCUGAGAUGCUACUCAAGGACCUCUUCCUGGACGUGGACAAGGCCCGGCGGCUGAAGCACCCACAGGCCGAGGAGAUUGAGAGGGACAUCAAGCAGCUGCACGAGCGGGUGACCCAGGAAUGCGCCGAGUACCGCGCUCUGUACGAGAAGAUGGUGCUGCCGCCCCACGUGGGGCCCAGGGUGGACUGGGCACGCGUGCUGGAGCAGAAGCAGAAGCAAGUGUGUGACGGGCAGUACGGGCCAGGCAUGGCGGAGCUAGAGCAGCAGGUGGCCGAGCACAACAUCCUGCAGAAGGAGGUUGAGGCCUACGGGCAGCAGCUGCGGAACCUCGUGGGGCCGGACGCAGCUGCCAUCCGGAGCCAGUACCGGGACCUGCUGAAGGCGGCCUCGUGGCGUGGCCAGAGCCUGGGCAGCCUCUACACGCACCUGCAGGGCUGCACGCGGCAGCUGAGCGCACUGGCCGAGCAGCAGCGGCGCAUCCUACAGCAGGACUGGAGUGACCUCAUGGUGGACCCUGCGGGCGUGCGGCAGGAGUACGAGCACUUCAAGCAGCAUGAACUGCUGAACCAGGAGCAGAGCGUGAACCAGCUGGAGGACGACGGGGAGCACAUGAUCGAGCUCGGGCACCCGGCCACCGGGCCCAUCCAGGCCCAUCAGGAGGCCCUGAAGAUGGAGUGGCAGAACUUCCUGAACCUGUGCAUCUGUCAGGAGAGCCAGCUCCAGCAUGUGGAGGUCUACUGCAGGUUCCAGGAAGAGGCUGGAUCGGUCAGCCAGACCCUGGCCAAGCUCAGCUCCAGCCUGGACACCAAGUACAACCCUGCUCCCGGGGCGCCCCCAGGCACCUGCACAGAACUGCUGCGGCAGCUGGAGGUAGAGGAGAAACAGCUGGCGGUGGCUGAGAGGACCGUGGGGGACCUACAGCGCCGGAGCAAGGAGGUGACCCCUCUGCCCCUGCGCAGGAGCCCGCCCCAGCAGCCCCUGCACGUGGACAGCAUCUGCGACUGGGAGUCCGGAGAAGUGCAGCUCCUGAGAGGUGAACGGUACACACUGCUGGACAACUCCGACCCCCACACCUGGAUCGUGCAGGGUCCUGGGGGGGAGACCAAGAAUGCCCCAGCCACCUGCUUCUGUAUCCCAGCACCAGACCCUGACGCUGUGGCCAAGGCCUCCAGGCUGGCCUCGGAGCUGCAGGCAUUGAAGCAGAAACUGGCCAGUACCCGGAGCCACUUGAAGACCAGCGUGACCGAGGCUGUCCAGCCAGGCCAACAGGCUCUGUCCAGCUCAGCCCCGGCUGACCCACGAGCCCAGAAGCUCCUGACACAGAUGACCCGGUUGGACGGGGACCUAGUGCAGAUAGAGAAGCAGCUGCUGGCCUGGACGCGGGCACCGCUGACCCGCACAUCACCCCUGGAGGACCUGGAGGGUCGCAUCCGCGGCCAUGAGGGCACUGCCCAGCGCCUGCAGAGCCUGGGAGCUGAGAAGGAGGCGGCCCAGCGGGAGUGCGAGGCCUUCCUAUCAGAGCAGCCUGUGGGCUCCGCUGCCCUGCAGCUGCCUGUGGCCCUGAACAGCGUCAAGAACAAGUACAGCGAUGUGCAAACUCUGUGCAACCUCUACGGAGACAAAGCCAAAGCUGCCCUGGGCCUGGAGCGACAGAUCCAGGACGCGGACCAGGUCAUCCGAGGCUUCGAGGCCGCCCUGGCCCAGGAGGCCCCCAUCGCCGACAGCCCAGGGGCGCUGCAGGACAGGGUCAGCGAGCUGCAGCACCGGCGGCGGGAGCUGGUGGAGCAGCAGACCUGCGUGCUGGGCCUGCACAGGCAGCUGAAGGCCACGGAGCACACGUGUGGCGCGCUACAGAACAACUUCCGGGAGUUCUGCCAAGAUCUGCCACGCCAGCGGCGCCAGGUCCAGGCCCUGACUGACCGCUACCAUGCCGUGGGGGACCAGCUGGACCUGCGGGAGAAGAUAGUGCAAGACGCUGGUCUCACCUACCAGCAGUUCAAGACCUGCAGGGACAAUCUGAGUUCCUGGCUCGGGCACCUGCCCCACAUGCAGGUGCGGCCCCAGGACGGGCCCAGCCAGCUGGCGUACAAGCUGCAGGCACAGAAGAGGCUGGUGCAGGAGAUCCAGGGCCGAGAGCAGGACAGGGCCAAGAUGUCCAGCCUCUCCCAGGACCUGGAGGCAGCUCUACAAGACUAUGAGCUGAAGGCAGACACCUACCGCUGCUCCUUGGAGCCGACACUGGCAGUAUCGGCCCCCAAGAGACCCCGAGUGGUUCCUCUGCAAGAGAGUAUCCAGACCCAGGAGAAGAACUUGACCAAGGCCUACACAGAGGCUGCAGCCGCCUGUCAGCAGCAGCUGCAGCAGCUGGAGUUCGCGAUAAAGGUGCUGGAGAAGAAGGAGCUCAGCGAGCACAUCCAGGUGGCCCACGAUGCCAAGCAGGGGUCUGGGAGCCCGGCAGCAGCAGGGCAGGAGUCAGCGGCAUUGCUGUCCCAGCUGGAGGAGGAGAGGAAGCGGGUGGCUGAGGUGCAGAGAGAGCUGGAGAAACAGAGGGAACAGCUGCUGCAGCUGAAGACACAGCGGCCCCUGGAGAGGCUGGAGGAGAAGGAGGUGGUGGAGUUCUACCGGGACCCAAAGCUCGAGGCCAGCCUGUCCAAGGUCAAGUCACAGGUCGAGGAUGAGGGCAGGAAACGAGCCAGGCUGCAGGCGGACCUGGAGGCCAUGGCCCAGAAGGUCGUCCAGCUAGAGAGCAAGAGGAAGACCAAGCAGCCGCACCUGCUGACCAAGGAGGUCACCCAAGUCGAGCGGGACCCUGGCCUGGCCAGCCAGCAAGCCCAGCUCACCAGCAAGAUUGAGCACCUGCAGGGGGAGAACACUACCCUCUCGGUGCGGCUGGAGGGGCUCAAGAAGGAACUGCUGGCCCUGGAGCAGAAGGAGGUGAAUGUGAAGGAGAAGGUGGUGGUGAAGGAAGUGGUCAAGGUGGAGAAGGAUCCGGAAAUGGUCAAGGCAGCCCAGGACCUGAAGCUGAAGAUCAAAGCAGAUGUCGCCCGGAGGAAGGCAGCCGAGGAGGCCGGGGCCAAACUGCGGGCUCGCAUCCAAGAGCUGGAGCGGGCCAUCAGCUCUGUGGAGCCCAAGGUCAUUGUGAAGGAGGUGAAGAAGGUGGAGCAGGACCCGGGCCUUCUCAAGGAGUCCUCCAAGCUGAGGACCCUCCUGGAGGAGGAGAAGAGCAAGAACGCGGCUCUGCUCAAGGAGCUGCAGGAGCUGAGGGCCAAGCACAGCGAGGCGGAGAAGCAAAGACCCAAGGUGGAGCUCCGCGAGCGGGUCCUGGAGGUCUUCCAGGUGGAGCCCGAGACGGAGCAGGAGAUGGCCCGGCUGCGCGCGCAGCUGCAGGACACGGCCGGCAAGCGCAGCAGUGCGGAGCAGGCCGUGGAGACCCUGCUGGCCGAGCUGACCGUGCUGCGGGCCCAGAAGCCCGCCGUGGAGUACAAGGAGGUGACGCGGGAGGUGGUGAAGCACCAGCAGAACCCCGAGGUGCUGCGCGAAGUGGACCGGCUCAAGGCUCAGCUCAACGAGCUGGUCAACAGCAGCGGCCGCUCCCAGGAGCAGCUCAUCCGGCUGCAGGGCGAGCGGGACGAGUGGAAGCGGGAGCGCUCCAAGGUGGAGACCAAGACGGUCACCAGGGAGGUGGUGCGCCGCGAGAAGGACCCCGUCCUGGAGAAGGAGGCCGAGCGGCUGCGCCAGGAGGUGCGGGAGGCGACGCAGAAGCGGCGGGCGGCCGAGACCCAGCUCUACGAGCUGCAGAACAAGUACCUGCUGCUGGAGAGGAGGCGGCCCGAGGAGAAGGUGGUGGUCCAGGAGGUGGUGGUCACCCAGAAGGACCCGAAGCUGAGAGAGGAGCACAGCCGGCUGAGCAGCAGCCUGGACGAGGAGCUGGGCCGGCGGCGGCAGCUGGAGCGGGAGGUGCAGCAGCUGCGGGCUGGCGUGGAGGAGCAGGAGGACCUUCUCCGCUUCCAGGAGGAGCGCAGCAAGAAACUGGCGGCGGAGAAGGAGAUCCGCCAGCUGAGCCUGAAGAUCCAGGAGCUGGAGGCCCGGCCCCCGGCCGUGCAGGAGAAGAUCAUCAUGGAGGAGGUGGUCAAGCUGGAGAAAGACCCGGACCUGGAGAAGUCCACCGGCGCCCUGCGGCAGGACCUGGAGCGGGAGAAGGCCCGGGUCACAGAGCUGCAUCGGGAACGCCAGAGCCUGCAGGUCCAGAUCGACGUCCUGCAGACCACCAAGUCGCAGGAGAAGACCAUCUACAAGGAGGUGAUCCGGGUGGAGAAGGACCGGGUGCUGGAGGGCGAGCGCGCCCGGGUGUGGGAGCUGCUGAACCGGGAGCGCGGGGCCCGGCAGGGGCGGGAGGAGGAGGCGCGGAGGCUCCAGGAGCGCAUCGACAGGGCCGAGGCGCAGGCCAGGACCUGGGCGCGCGAGGAGGCCGCGCUGCAGCGGGCCCGUGAGCAGGCGGACCAGGCGCGCGGGCAGCUGCAGCAGGAGCUGCGGGCCCUGGAGCGGCAGAAGCAGCAGCAGGCGCAGCACCUGCAGGAGGAGGCCCAGAAGACGGACGGCGAGCGGCAGCGGGCGGCCCAGCGCGGCCAGGAGCUGUCGCGGCUAGAGGUGGCCAUCCUCCGCGAGAAGGACCGGAUCCACGAGAAGGAGCGGGCCCUGCGUGACCUCCACAGCAAGGUCGGCCAAGAGGAGCUCAGCCAGGAGACGCAAACGCGCGAGACCAACCUGUCCACCAAGAUCUGCAUCCUGGAGCCCGAGACGGGGAAGGACAUGUCCCCAUACGAGGCCUAUAAGCGGGGCAUCAUCAGCCGGGGCCAGUACCUCCAGCUGCAGGAGCUCGAGUGCGACUGGGAGGAGGUGACCACCUCGGGCCCCUGCGGGGAGGAGUCGGUGCUGCUGGACCGCAAGAGCGGGAAGCAGUACUCCAUCGAGACGGCCCUCCGCUGCCGGCGCAUCUCCAAGGAGGAGUACCACCUGUACAAGGAGGGCCAGCUGCCCAUCUCUGAGUUCGCCCUGCUCGUGGCCGGUGAGACCAAGCCCUGCUCCUCACUGUCCAUCGGCUCCAUCAUUUCCAAGUCUCCGCUCGCUUCCCCGGGCCCCCAGAGUGCCAGCUUCUUCUCGUCCAGCUUCUCUCUGGGGCUCGGCGACGACAGCUUCCCCAUCGCUGGGGUCUACGACACCACCACAGACAACAAGUGCAGCAUCAAGACGGCCGUGGCCAAGAACAUGCUGGACCCCAUCACCGGGCAGAAGCUGCUGGAGGCCCAGGCGGCCACGGGCGGCAUCGUGGACCUGCUCAGCCGGGAGCGCUACUCCGUGCACAAGGCGGCCGAGCGAGGGCUCAUCGAGAACACGUCCACCCAGAGGCUGCUCAACGCCCAGAAGGCCUUCACGGGCAUCGAGGACCCGGUGACCCGGAAGCGGCUGUCAGUGGGCGAGGCCGCGCAGAAGGGCUGGAUGCCCCCCGAGAGCGUGCUCCCACACCUGCAGGUGCAGCACCUCACCGGCGGCCUCAUCGACCCCAAGCGCACUGGCCGCAUCCCCGUAGCCCAGGCCGUGCGCUCGGGGAUGAUCAGCGAAGAGCUGGCCCAGCUGGUGCAGGACGAGGCCAGCUACGAGAAGGAUCUGACAGACCCCCUCUCCAAGGAGCGGCUGAGCUACAAGGAGGCCAUGGGGCGCUGCCGCAGGGACCCCCUGAGCGGCCUGCUGCUGCUCCCCGCGGCACUGGAGGGGUACCGCUGCUACCGCGCCGCCUCCCCGACCCCGGCACGCGGCCUGCGCUGA